GCAGCAGAAAGAGAGAUGGAACCAAAAAUGAGCAACAAGGCAACCACAGUGCUGGAAGCACAUCCGAUGAACGGUGGAGAUGGCACAUACAGCUACACCAAAAAUUCCUAUUACCAAAGAGAAGCUGCAAAUGUUGCGCAAACUCUUAUUGGUGAUGUAAUAGCCAUGAAGCUUGACAUAAACGAGUUUGCUUCUUCUUCUACCAAUGCAUUUUGUAUAGCAGAUCUGGGGUGUUCAGUUGGACCAAACACCUUUGUUUCUGUGGAGAACAUAUUGGAAGCAAUUAAGCAUAAGUACCGGUCCGAAUGCAUGUCUUCCCAGACGCGUGAAUUCCAAGUCUUCUUUAAUGAUCACGCAGGCAAUGAUUUCAAUACCCUAUUUGCAAAAUUCCCUCCGACAAGGAACUACUUUGCAGCUGGUGUGCCGGGGUCUUUCCAUGGCCGAUUAUUCCCCAAGUCCUCUCUCCAUGUUGUGCAUUCUUCAUAUGCAACCCACUGGCUCUCAAAGGUACCCGAAGAACUGACAGACAAGAACUCUCCGGCAUGGAACAAAGGGAAGAUUCACUACACAACUGCCCCUGAAGAAGUUGUUAAUGCUUAUGCAGCUCAAUUUACCAAGGACAUGGCAGCAUUCUUGGAAGCUCGCGCUCAAGAGCUUGUGGUUGGUGGAAUGAUGAUACUAAUCUUGCCAGCUGUCCCAACUGGGAUCCCUCAUUCCCGUGUUCCCAACGGAGUAAUGUUCGAUUUUAUGGGGUCUAUUCUCAUCGAUAUGGCAAAGGAAGGAGUAAUAUCUGAAGCUGAGGUGGACUCAUUCAACUUGCCAGUGUACACUACCUCUCCCAAGGAGAUGGGAGAGCUGGUAGAGAGAAAUGGACGCUUUCACAUCGAGCAAAUGGAAUCAACGAGCCCCUGGCUUGAAAUCAAGCAUUCCAACUCUGACUACGGGAAGACACUGUCGAUGUCGCUAAGAGCUGGCAUGGAGGGAGUUCUCAGAAGCCAUUUCGGAAGUGAGAUUACCAAUCAGCUAUUUAAUAGGCUCUGUGACCAAAGUGGACAACUUACCCGCCAGCUACAGGAGUCCUGCUGCAGAGAAGGUACUCAGUUGUUUGUUGCUCUCAAGCGCAUAUGAAGCAAACUUGCACAUUGUAAUAUGAAACUGCUUUUGCAUUACGAAACAGUGCUGCUUUUAGUUGAAUAAAAUAUAUGAUAUUUUGUUAG